CGAUCGGAAAAAGACUCCAGCCACCGUAGUCACAGCUCUAGUUCCCGAUCGAAAUCCUCAUCCUCAUCGCACGACAAAAAGCAUCGAUCAUCCGAAUCAUCUAGCAAAGAGAAAUCCAGCAGCAAAAGCAGCAGCACCGCCACCACCACUAGCAGUAGCAGUAGCAGUAAAAACAAACAUCGAGAUAAAGAAAAAGAAAGUUCCAGAAGCCACUCGUCGAAACAUUCCUCGGACCGGGAUCGGCAUCGAAGCUCAUCGGAAAAGGAGCGAUCGCACAGUAAAAGCAGCUCAUCCAAGAGCAGCAGUAGUAAGAGUAAAAGCAGCACCAGUAAUAGUAAUAAUAGCAGUAGCAGCAGGAAAAAGGAACACCACAGCAGCACAUCGUCCUCCUCUUCGUCGGCCAAAUCGUCCAGCAAAUCUGGCGCAACGGAGAAAACUGCUCUGGAACCCAAACGUACGCCGGCGCUCGAGGAAGAAAUCUACCAAGAACUGAUAAACAAUCCGCCGAGCGACAUCGAUAUCGACAGUGACGAGGACGACGUGAUGCAGCAGUGUAAAAUGAUCUUUGAAGAGUACGAAGCGGACGAACCGAAACCUCAGCAGGAGGAAACCAAAUCGAAUGGGCAGGUUGAUCUGAUAGACAUGUUCGCGGAUAAGUACUACGAUGACAAUCGGAAGAAGCGUGUUGCAUACGAUAACGCUACCACAUCGAAGCUAACGCCGGUGGUAGAGAAGAAAACAAACCACAUGCAAAAUGCAAUCAAAUCGGUCUAUCUGCGACAGGAGAUCGUACGAAAGCAACAGGAGGAGCUGGCGGUGAGAAAGCGAGCUGAGGAGGAAUUGAAACGACAAGUCGAGGAGGAAACCCGUAAAGCGAUGUCAAAACCCGCCGUUAUCCCGCCCCCCAGCAAUGGAACGUCCAUUUUGCCGGUCAGCACAAACGUGUUCUACAACAAAUCUCCCGAAACGAGUGUCACCACGCCCAAAAGUCGGUUUACACCCGCCGUCAAUGUGCUAGCCUUCCAGAGGGCGAAGGAAAAGAUUGAGCAGCUGAAAAAGAAUCAGUCGCCGUACACGCCCGCUCAAACAGCUCCCAAGACAGGAGCACGCGUAGCCCAUGCCGGAUCGGUGCUGGCGUCAAAGGCGGCUGCUGCGCCGGCGGCACAAGCACCGCCGAUACUGGAACCGGCGUCAAGCAAAAUAUCGUACAACAUUCGGAUGCAGUAUUACGGGCUAAUGGUGAAGCACUGUUUGAACAUUUAUCCCACCAAUGAGGAUGCCUGGGAACGCGCACAAACGGAAGAAUUGGCGGUGAUGAAGAAAUGCAGCACCGCCAUGAUUUACAAAAGCAGUGCGCUACUAACCAUCAACAAGCUGCGCAAAGAGGCGCUCGAAACAGGGAAUGAAGCAGCAGAAAAGAACAAAACCGUAUCUCACGAUGUCAUAUUGGCUGGGAAAAUGGUACACAACAUAUCCUGGAGUGUCAACAAGAAAUUGAAAACGGAAGUUAAAACAUCCGCAUACACAAUCGACAAUGCACCCAGCACCGUGGCGUACAAAAUGAUCCACGAGUGCAAACUGACAGAGGAGCAAAUGCGUGCGAAUGGCUUCCCUCGUGCCACCGAGGUUGCCGGAAAGGCUAAAAUAUUCACCCCGAAACCAUCGCGACCACCGAACGAAAACGAACGCUACUGUUCCCGCUGCUCCAAAGUGUACAAUCUGGAAACGUACGAUGAGCCACAGGUGGACGCGUGUAACUACCAUCCGAAGAGCACGUGCUACCGGCGCGGCUUUGCGGACAAUCUGCACAACUGCUGCCAGCAACCGUCCGGGACGCCCGGCUGCAUGUAUGCAAACUACCACGUGUCCAGCUUCAUGGACUAUGACAAUCUAACCGGGUUCGUGAAAACGAUCGCACCGGCCGAAGACUACGAACCGUCGAAGAAGGAUAUAUUCGCGCUCGAUUGUGAAAUGUGCUACACUACGGCCGGGUUAGAAUUGACACGCGUUACCGUGGUCGAUAUUAACGAAAAGACUGUCUACGAUACGCUCGUGAAGCCGUUAAAUCGAGUAGUUGAUUACAACACAAGAUUUUCGGGCAUCACAGAGGAAAUGUUGCGUAAAACUACCACAACGCUGUACAACGUGCAAGCCGUGCUACUGUCCAUGUUUAAUGCGGAAACCAUUCUCAUCGGACACAGCCUAGAAAGUGACUUUAAAGCGCUCAAGUUGAUACACGACGUGGUGGUCGAUACGUCCGUGCUGUACCCACACAAGAUGGGUCCACCGAAGAAGCGUGCGCUGAAAACACUGUGCAUAGAGAAUCUGAAGAAAAUUAUUCAAGAAAAUGAUGCUGGACACGACAGUGCGGAAGAUUCUGUUGUCUGCAUCCAACUGAUCAAACACUAUCUGCGUAAUCGCAUUCUAUGAUCGAUGAGUUCCCAAAUUGAAAUCCGCAAAAAAGCACGCAUGGUGCAUGCGUUUUCAUGCGUGUGCGUUCACACGGCAUCGGCAACAAAUUGUGGCGCCACUCGCGAUUCUCACAAACAAAUUAAGGUAGUAUGCUCGCGGCUACCAAUCCUGAACAUCGAUAUUUAUUUGUACAUGCUCAACAUUUUGAUAAUGUACAACCUGUUAGUUCGUUGAACGUAAUUGAACUAUCAAUAAAUUAUUGUCAACCCUCUACUGCCUUACGUAAGAAUAGAAUGCAUGGUAAUGUGGCUGCACAGUACGCCGUAUCAUAUGAAUCUUUGACCAAAAAUCAGCAAUAAAAAACACACACAGUACUAUGUGGAGCAAAUAACAAGCAUCUUAGCCUUUCUUCGGACCCCACUAAGGGAAUUACCAAUGAUGUUUAUUUUCGAC